CACAAGCGCGCAUCAGGCUGCAAAUCCGCGUAGUUUGUGCUGAGCUUUAGCGGAGCGUCUUCUGCGUCUUUAAUCCCCACAUUUAACCUCCUUUCAGUAAAACCGCGAUGGUUUCUCACUCUUUGGCGCUGCCGAUGAUCUGCUUCACCAUCCUGUGGGGGCUGGUGGGGGUGGUUGCUCCGUUUUUUGUGCCCAAAGGACCAAACCGAGGUGUCAUCAUUACCAGUCUGGUGCUGACGGCGGUCUGUUGCUAUUUAUUUUGGUUAAUAGCAAUUCUAGCCCAGGCAAACCCUCUGUUUGGACCACAGCUGAAGAACGAGACCAUCUGGUACUUGCGGUAUUACUGGGAAUAAACUAAGAAUACAAAAACAAGUUACCAUCUCAUCUCAUGAUCCACAUGGAAUCUUCAUGGAAUUCAGUCAGACUCCAGUGGACCAUUCCCUGAAACAGCCACCUUCUAUUUUGGACGUAAUCUUUACAUUUACAUCCCGUCUUUACAGUUUUUGACAGCAUUCCUUCUCAAAUGAUGUUUAUCUGUUAAAUACAGAGCAGAGAUAUUGUGUAUAUAUAUGAACCUCCUUAAAAGUGUAUGAUAUUAUGUAUAUGAUGUCGACAGUGUUGUUGUGUUUAAAGAACAGUUUGUGCAAUAACAGUAGCUUGUAGCUAAUGUUCACCACUUGAAAGUCAAUAUAUUUGAUUUGCUUGCAUACGGUAUGUAUUCUGUGUGUGUGAUGGUAGUUUACUGUAGUUGUAUCUCUGCUGGCACAUGUAAAUAUGUGAUGGUCCCUAAGAGUGAUAGCUUAACUGUUUACAUGAACCUAUUUUAUGUUUACAUAAUGUUACAUUUUAUGUUCAUUUUUAUUUAUUGAAUUAUUUAUUUUUGCAUAGAUUUUAUUCCAAAUCGCUGCUGUCGGAACAAAACCCUGUAUCUCUAUUUUUGUCAUUUUUGACAUAAUUUGAAAGUACCCAUGGUCCUGUAUAUUGUGCUUAAAUGCCAUGAGGAAUGAACCAACAGAAAUUAUCUAAAAUUACUUGGGGAAAAAAUCUGGUCCCGUUGACUUCCAUUAAAAGUCAAGUAUGUUUUUACCUUCUCCUGAAAAGUUACAGAGGUUUGGAGAUUUGGAGAUAUGAGGUUUUGAUCCGACAACAGCGAUAUGCUUAUGUGAAGUGUAAAAUGUGAUUACAGGUCUGUGUCAGUGCUGGAGUGUCAAGGUCACUGUUUGAAGGAAUUCUAUAAAAGGAAAACGCUGAGAGUGCAAGUUUGCACAAAGAUUUUGUGUUAAGAGUUUCUCUUUUUUGUCCCAUUUUAUUUAAAUAUUUCACUCUCUAAACUGUGUUCUGAGCCACCUUCUUUCCAUGGAGAUCGCUUUGACCGCAGUUGACCUCAGUCCUGAUGUCAUUUUGGACCGUUUUCACCUCAGCUUUAACCGAGUAAUUAUAUACAGCUACUUUUAUUGAAAGACCAAAUCAUGUUUUUCUCUUUUGUCCUUUAAAGCCUCAGUCAUGAAUGAAUAGACCACCACAGCCACUGUAGGGUUAGCUGGCAUUACUAACAGAGAGUGCAUUUUAUUGUGUAUGUUUUAUUAAGGCUCAUCAUUAUUUCAAAGCCUUUUUGCUCCACUUCUAAAGUGUGGCCUUCUUUCUGACUGGGGAUUUAAACCGUGGAAUCAGUUUAUGAUGUUAUUAUGUUUGGGAUUGAACUCCCAGUUCGAUUGGCGUGGAAUAAAUUUGAUUGGCAUCACUGUCGCACUUUCUGAUCUCCAUGGGAAUGAUGUGGUGUCAGUAAUGCGUGUAGAAACAUUCACUGCUGUUUAUACUGCAUAUGUCUGUCUAAAACCCUCAAUAAAACCAGAACGGCUAAUAUCGUC